AACUCGCGGGUGCGCGCGCAGGAGAAAACAGUGGAGUGUCUGCGGAGAAGUGUGGAGUGUCGAGUGUCGCCCCGUACCGAGGUCUGUUCUAUUGAAACGAAGAAAUUGUAAAUAGGAUUAACUGUAAGCCUAACUGUAAACCUUUAAAAUAAUAAUAAUAAUUAAAAAAAAAAACCACCCACACACACAAGGACGAACACACAUCACUGGACGUCCUCGCCGGACACGAAGAAUUUUCCGUAUAAAAGUUUCAGAUGAGUUUCUAUUGUUCCAGGACUGGAGAGAAUGCUUCCAAAACUUUGACCUCUGGCCUCUAAGGAAGGGAUGGCUGAUCGCAGCGACCUCGCAGUCGCCCCAGGUCAGCUGUACAUUGAGGUGGAGUACGACUAUGAAUACAAAUCCAAAGACCGUAUGAUUUCCAUCAAGCAAGGUGAAUGUUACCUGCUGGUAAAAAAGACCAAUGAAGACUGGUGGCAGGUCCGUAAGGAGGAGGGCAGUAAGCCUUUUUAUGUACCUGCCCAGUAUGUCCGGGAAGUGCGGCGAGCCCUCAUGCCCCCCACCAAACCUCUCCCGCACACUGGAGGUGGGGUUGGGACAAGAGUAGGAUCUGAGAAAAAAGGUCUAACUACCAUGGAGCUCAAACAGUUUGAUGAGAGUUUGAGCAAGCAAAGUAUUGUUCAGUCACCAUAUACUGGAUAUCAGGCAGCAUUGCAUGCACCCAAAGAGGACAAAGCCAGUCCCAAAAGCCCCAGGAGGCACGGGCAGCAAACGUUCCCGAUCAUGCAACACACUUCUCUGCCUUGGACCAGGGCUGAGUCCCCUCUCAGGCUCAGAGCACCACUGGAUUUGGAUGGAGAGAUUGAUAUGGAGGGUGAGAAGAAGAGAGAAGAAGCAACAGGUGAUGGGGAGAGGAAGAGAGAAAGGGGAGGUAAUGGGGGGAGAGAAGGGUGGACAGGGGACAGAGAGUGGAAAAAAGAUGGAGGCUGUGAUAGAGAUACAGAGAGGGAGAGUAAGAGGGAAAAAGAGAUAGGAGAGGAUAAAUCAAGGGAACGAAAAAGAGAAGAAAGGUGCAAUAGAGAUGGAGAGAAAGUGGGGGAUGGACAGAGGGCGAAGAGGAAAGAAGGAGAAAGAGCAGUUGAUGGAGAAAAGGAGAGAAAGGGGGAAGGAGGGCGACACAAGACUUCUGCACCUGAAGAAUAUCCUAGAGAAGCGACGGAGAAAAAUUGGAACGAUUUGGAAUCUGGAGAUGAGCUCAGCAGCAGUUCGACCGAGCAGCUCCAGGGAAGGCCUGACUCACCUGUCUACACUAACCUGCAAGAUUUAAAGAUCAAUCAGUCGUCUUUGCCUCCACUGCCUUCAUCCUCCCCACUUACUACACACACAGACUCGGAGACUUACAAAGAUGCAAAUGGUAGGCACUUCUGCUACAACCGCACCAUGCAGGAGCGUACAUGGAAGCCCCCACAAUUACGAGACAGCUUUGUGAAGAGGGAGGAGAAAUAUGUCACUGAAACCACAGAGACUGAGGGGAGUGGAAAUAUGGCUAAAACAUGCAGUUUGGACCGAAGACAGCCCGCUCCCAUUGUGACAAAAUGGAGGCAUAGUACAUGUUUGUUGGAGACUAACAAUAAGCCCUGUGAAAAAUCUGGACCCCUAAAUGUAACCAAGAUCACUGAACAUGGCAAAAAAGUCCGUAAGAACUGGACUUCAUCUUGGACAGUUUUGCAAGGCUCUCAAUUGAUAUUUGCCAAAAGUCAGGCUGUGGCCACCAGUUGGGUAAGUGACAACCUGAUAUUUGCUAACUUGGGGAGAGAGAGAGUAUUCACAUAUGUUCUUUUUCAGUUUGGGAGCCAUCAAUCAAAGACCGAAUUCAGUGUAGAUCUGAAAGGAGCAACUGUAGAGAAGGCAUCCAAAGACAAAUCCAGCAAGAAACAUGUUUUAGAGGUGAAGACUCAGCGUGGUACAGAGCUCCUUAUUCAAUCAGAUAGUGACAGCAUCAUUAACGAGUGGUUCAAAGCCCUAACUGAAGCCAUAAAUAUACAUGCCUGGGAGUCUGAUGAGGCUACUGAAGAAGACAUGCCAGAAUCUCCUGAACUAGAGAAACAUGAGAAAGAGAUACAAGACCAACAGAAGAAGACCAAAACAAGGCUGAGGAAAUUUCUCACACGUAGACCCUCUCUGCAGGCUGUUAAAGACAAGGGUUACAUCAAAGAUCUGGUGUUUGGCAGUAAUCUGAUCAGUCUCUGUCAGAGGGAGAAAACUACUGUCCCUCACUUUGUCAAGUUGUGUAUCGACUACAUAGAGAAUCAAGGUCUGAGUUUGGAUGGUCUCUAUAGAGUAAGUGGGAAUCUGGCAGUCAUACAGAAGCUGAGAUUUGCUGUUAAUCAUGAUGAGAAGAUCAAUUUGGAAGAUAGUAAAUGGGAGGAUAUUCAUGUGGCUACCGGAGCACUCAAGAUGUUUUUCCGAGAGCUUCCAGAACCACUCUUCACUUAUACCUACUUCAAUGACUUUGUCAAUGCCAUUAAAAUCACAGACUAUAAACAAAAAGUGCUGGCCAUCAAAGAUCUAGUGAAGCAGCUGCCUCAACCCAACCAAGAUACAAUGCAGGAACUUUUUAAACACCUGAGAAAAGUAAUAGAGCAUGGCGAGGAGAAUAGGAUGACCACGCAGAGUAUUGCAAUCGUCUUUGGUCCAACUCUGUUACGUCCUGAGAUUGAGAACAUGCACAUGGCGGUACAUAUGGUUUACCAAAACCAAAUUGUUGAACUUAUUCUACACGAGUAUGAGGCCAUAUUCGAAAUGCCAUGAUACAUCUUUCACCAUCUGAAGAGUAACUUCUGAAAUUAUUCUUUGAAAACAGUGAAAUAUUGAAAAUGUAUUAACAUGCAUAAGCAUGUAGGAUCCAUUUGUAAAGUAAGCCCAACCAUUUUUUUUCUUGGAAAAAAAUUGCUUUCAUGGAGUGUUUUUUUUUAUUUUUAUUAGUAGUAGUAAUUUCUUUUUGGAUAGUAGCUCUUAUUGGACUAUAUGGUUCGGUCCAUAAGUAUUUAGACACAAUUUUUGUAAGUAUGCCUCUGUACACCAUUACAAUGGUGUGGCAAUCAAGGUGUGAUCGAAGUGUUGACUUUCAGCUUUAAUUCAAGGGGUUUAACAAAAAUAUUGCAUUAACUGUUUAGGAAUUUUUGCAGAAUACCUCCAUUUUCACUGGCUCAAAAGUGGACAAACUAACAAUCAUAAACAUUAGGAUUAUUUUUAAUACUUGGAUGCAAAUCCUUUGCAGUCAAUGACUACCUUUACUGCAGCUGUCUUCAGUUGCUGCUUGUUUGAGGGUCUUUCUGUCUUUAGUAAGUGAAAAGCAUGCUCGAUUGGGUUGAGGUCAUCGGACCAGCUUUCAGGUAGCUUUUGCAUUAUGUUUUGGGUCAUUGUCCAUCUGUACUGUGAAAUCGCUGUCCUAUCAGUUUUGCAGCAUUUGAUUGAAUCUGAGCAGAAAGUAUAGCUCUAUACACUUCAGAAUUCACUAAACAGUUAAUGCAAUAUUUUAGUUUGAAUUAAAGCUGAAAAUCUACACUUCAAUCACAUAUUUAUUGCUGCAUUUCAAAUCCACUGUGGUGGUGUACAGCGGCAAAAUAAAAAAAAAUGUGUUGCUGUCCAAAUAUGUAUGGACCUGACUGUAUUUUAUACACUUGGAUCUUCCACAUAAUCAUGGAUCAUCCUGUAACUUGACCAACAAGGUUUUGCUGGGCGCCAUGGUUUGAUGGGAAGUGUUUUUGUGGGUUGAACUCUGAAUCUUGGAGUGCUUGGAGCUGAAAUGGGACAAUGACUUCUACUACUGUUCUCUGAUUUAUUUUAUUUUGCUGUGUUAUAGGCUUCCUUAUAGAACAGGAAGCCCAAUACAGAGGUGCCAACAAGAAAAUACAAAAUGAGAUUUUUACCACAAAAACUCAAGUGUUCGGCGUGGCUUCUUGUUAACAUCCUAAAUGAUAAAACAUGUAUUGGUUUGUAUAUAUUGUAUGUAUAUUUGUGUCAUGGAAAACAAAAAUUUUUAGUUAUA